CACUCCUCUUGACUUUUUGUUUAGUAAAAAUAAUAAUAAUGGCUCGACAACUAGUUCUUUUAUGUGUCUUGUUUGCUAUUGCAAAUGCUGAGCAUUUUGCUCCUCGCGAUUUGAUUGACGAAGCAACGCGCCAACUAGAACAACUCAAACAAACCGUCCACGGCGAUAUCCUCGUAGCCCAUGAUACUCUGAGGAAUUAUGUGGUUGCUUUUGAUACAUUUCUUGAUACCACCCUUAGAGAAGCAGUCGUAUCUGUUCAGCAAGAAGCCGAAUCAAUAGAUUCACAGCUGCAAACAAUCAAAGAUUUGGGACAUUCAGCGGGAAAAGACAUUACUAAGUGUACCAAGGGCCGUGAACCUUUUUUGAGAAGAUUGUCGGGACAUUACAUUGAAGCAAUAAGUAAUUGCACACAUGGGUUGAUGGGUGAAGCUGAAGCCAUUGCUAAAGACGCUAAAUACAUCGUGGAUAUUACCAUUAACCAAGUCCACCGUCUUGAACAUGAACUGGCUAAAUGCAAAGGAGAAAUAUUAUGCAUUUCGCCAUUGCUUACUGAAAUUGAAUUAAACAAAAUUCGGCUACCACAAAACAUCAAAACUGAAGUACAAGCAACUCAAAGCGUUUUGGUCACUUUGAGAAUAUCAGGACAAUCGUGCGGGAAUGACCAUAUUGCUCAAUAUACAACAGAGGCUACCAGCAUUCUUGGUGAUAUCACAGCUUGUGUUGACAGGAUUAUUGGUUAGAUAUUGGUAUUUGUUCAAUUUAUAUAAUAAAUAAACCAGUAUUAGAAAAUGA